GAAUAAAGAGGCGCUGCUGCUGCUGCUGGAACGGAACAGGGACGCUGCUACCCAAAGCCUGUGGGGAAUAUCUAGAGCGCAUCCCCCUGUGCCCUGCCCCUGACAUCCACAUCCACACAGGAAUACAGGGCAAGAUGGCAGGGAUCCUAGUUUGGUUUUGGAAUGAGAGAUUUUGGCUGCCUCACAAUGUCACCUGGGCGGAUCUAAAGAGCACCGAGGAAUCCACUUUCCCCCAAGCCGAGGACCUGUAUCUGGCCAUUCCCCUGGCCUUCUGCAUCUUCUGUAUCCGGCUCUUCUUUGAGAGGUUUAUAGCUAAACCGUGCGCUUUGGCCCUGAAAAUCCAAGCAAGUGGUCCACAGAAGGCUCAGCACAAUGCCAUUCUUGAAAAGGUCUUCACUUCAAUCACAAAGCACCCUGAUGAGAAGCGUCUAGAUGGACUCUCUAAGCAGCUGGACUGGGAUGUGCGAAAUAUACAGCGUUGGUUUCGGCAGAGGAGGAAUCAAGAAAAACCGAGUACACUCACACGGUUCUGUGAGAGCAUGUGGAAGUUUACGUUUAACCUUUACAUAUUUACCUAUGGAUUCAGAUACCUGAAAAAGACACCUUGGCUUUGGAAUACAAGACAGUGCUGGUACAAUUAUCCUUAUCAGCAACUCACCUCUGACUUGCAUUACUACUAUCUUGUGGAACUCUCUUUCUACUGGUCCUUGAUGUUUUCUCAAUUCACUGACAUCAAGAGAAAGGACUUUGGCAUCAUGUUUCUUCAUCACCUUGCUGCAAUUUCGUUGAUUACCUUUUCAUACGCGAACAACAUGGUGCGAGUAGGUACCCUAGUGAUGGGGCUUCAUGACAUGGCUGAGGUUCUACUUGAGGCUGCAAAAAUGGCAAAUUAUUCAAAAUGCCAAAAAUUAUGUGACCUUCUCUUUGUCGUGUUUGCUUUGGUGUUUUUAAUUGCAAGACUGGGGGUAUUCCCCUUAUGGAUAUUAAACACGACAUUAUUUGAGAGCUGGGAAAUUGUUGGUCCUUAUCCCUCCUGGUGGGUAUUUAACCUACUGCUGGUGCUUCUACAGUUCCUACAUUUAUUUUGGUCAUAUCUCAUUAUCAAGAUUGCCUGUAAAGCAAUUUGCAAAGGCAAGAUUGGAAAAUGGAAUCCUUUGCAUGUAUCAAAGGAUGACCGUAGUGAUAUUGAGUCCAGCUCAGAUGAAGAAGACUCAGUAAGCUGGACCAAACACUCCCAGAAUCCUUCUUCCAAUGGCAUCAGUUCUAAUGGAAUGAAUGGAUAUCUUAUGGGUGCAGCAGUUUCAGAGGAGCACUAGCUCACUAACUGGGCCCUACUACAGAACAAUAAACUCUUCGCAACCAGAUACGCUCCUUCAUAGAUCUCCGCAUCACAAAAUAAAUCUAGGAAUAAAAAUGCAUACAACUAGUGCACUGCCGGGUUUUGUUUUCUUUUGUUUGGGUUUUUUUUUUUGUGAAUGAUGAUGGAAUAUCUGUCAAUAUGUGUAGGCAUGUGUAUUGUUCCAGCAACUGGCACUAUAGGAUAAGUAUUUUCAUAAGUCUGGAUGUUAUUUAUUUUUAUAUUCGUUUCGGGAAAAAAAGUUGUUAAAAAAAAGAAAAAUGCAUAUUUUUACUUCUUUUUAUGUUUUUUGCUGAUUGUAAAGUUGAAAUGAUAGGUUUGCAUUUUAUCUUACAGUAUUUACAAGCCUUUGUCUGAUGUGUUAGUUUAAAGGGGAAACGAGCUUCAGGUGUACAUUAAUGCACAUAAAGGAAAAAUGGGAAAGAUGGAUGAAGAUAAAGCUGAGAAUUAAUGUAUUGAUGAUAAUUGAAGGAGGGGGAUAUAAACAAUAACUAGCAAACAGUGGGGGACCUCUCAGCUCUGUAUGUGAGUACCAGAGUGGCUUGCUCCUUGUUGGCUAGGCUGGAGUUUGAGUAUGUAGCUUAUUCAGUUUUUUUGUGGCAUCAUCUGGACCCAGAAAUGACCUUUUUGUGUGUGCUCUGAGAACAAAGAACUUCCACUUGAGGCCUUUAUUACAGUACAUUCUCAAGUGUCAUUUUAAGAGGACAUAUACCGAUCCUAAUGCUUAUUCAUUUGCUCCUCCAUCAUCCAUGUGUAUAAACAUAUCAAGGAUUGUUUUUAGUCAUGUCAAAGUUAAAGGUGAACUAACUCCCCUAAAAAAAAGCCCCCAUCCACUUCCUGCUUCCUCUCUGCAUAGUCCAUUACUUGAAAAAAGUGUUCCUGGAUGUAACACUGACUUAUACAUGCAGAGUAGCGCAGCAGAGCUCAUGGGCACCAUCUUUUGUAUCUUCAGAUUUCUUCACUAAGGGACCACUGACACUGAGCUUUUGCACACAUCUGCAUUUGGAGUGCAUACUGAGCAUGUAAAUUUCCGAAGGGAAAGAAGAGGAUCCAAAGACACAGAACAUGGCACUCAUGAGCUCCGCUAUGCUACUCUACAUGGAUUAGUCAGCAUGACAAUAAGGGACACUUUUUCAAGUAAUGGAUUAUGCAGGGAGGGGGCGGUAAUAGAUGGGGGUUUUCUUUUUUUUUUGGGUGGUGGGGUUUAGUUUUCCUUUAAGCAGAUAAUUGCAUUAGCAUAGUAAUAAUAUGGGUCUACUUAUAAAGCUCUGUCAUUACAGAUCCCACUGAAAUUAAAUGAAAGUUAGAUUUUGCAUUGCAGUCAUUUAUUUUAGAUGUCAUGCUGGGAAGGAACAAGUAUGCCCAGACUUGUCCUCAAAAAAACUUUAUUUCUGGUGCAAGGCACUAGUAUUUUAUAUAUUUUUCCUGAUUUCGCUGCAGUAUUCGAACAUAAUAUUUCCUUGAUGCUUAAAAAUCAUUACCAUUGAAGCUCCAAAGCAGAUUGUGUGGCAGUAAAUUUUGUUUUUCAAACAAUCCAUUUAAUUUUGUCAAAGUACGCGUAUUAAUAUAUGCAAUAAAUAUACGAUAUCCGCUG